AUGGACAAAAUCCAAGGAGACCCACCGACAGUAGCCGUUAUCGGCGCUGGCUCGACUGGCAUUUCAAUGCUGAAGACUUUGCGUGAAGAUGGGUUCGACGCGACUUUGUUCGAACGAAGGAGUCGGGUAGGAGGUUUGUGGUCAUACACCGACGAUAAGAGCAUGACGACAGCUCUUCCUACGACAACCGCAAACAUCAGCAAGUAUACGUGCGGGUUUACAGACUUCCCUAUGCCAGACAAAUAUCCCCCGUUCUUAUCGCAAGGACAGUUUGAGGAAUACAUGGAGUCGUACGCCGAGAACUUUGGCCUGUAUAAACACAUCGUCUUCAAUGCACGAGUUGAUCAGGUCGUGCGCAACAGAGAUCGGGCGAAAUGGCAAGUAGAGAUGGUUAGAUCCGGUGCGCCAGAAACGAAAGAGUUUGACAAAGUUGUCUUCUGUCAUGGGUACCAGACGAAGAAGAAGAUGCCAGUAUACGAGGGCCAAGAUAAGUUUGAGGGCACCAUUAUCCACUCCCAGCAGUUUCGCAAGUACGCUUACCUGAUCCUCAUACACAAAACCUUUCAGUUGUCUACUGGCUUACACGCGACUUCCAGACCAUCUGAUUUCAAGGGACAAAAGGUUGUCCUUGUAGGGCUCAGCGCCACUCUGAGCGAUGUCCUUUCCGUCAUUGUAGACCAAACCGACCAGGUCUUUCUCUCGCAUCGAGCCGGCGCCUGGAUCAUAAGCAGAUGGCGAAACAAUCUUCCAACCGACCUUCUUGUUACGCGCUGGCGUAGACAGGUGUCAUUGUUCAUUCAAAGCAAGUUCCCGAAUCUCACCAAUAGGCUUGCUCAACUUGCGACUGGCCUUCUGAUGAGACAGUACGGAAAGAUUGAUCCGUCUUUCCGACUACUCGAUGAUGUUGCGCCACUCAGCUUGCAUCUUGCAGGGUGCAUGGAUACUGUCCUAGAACUUCUCCGAGAGGGCAAAGUUACGUCUCUGCAUGGCAUCAAGAGGUUCACCGGCCCGAAGUCCAUCGAGUUUGAAGACGGCACUAUUCUGGAUGAUGUGGAUUCAGUCAUCCUAUGCACAGGGUACAAGGCCGACUUUGAUCCGAUUCCCUUUUUGGACACGAGCAAGCCCAAGACCGACCUUGCGGGCAACGCGUACGGCGGCCCACCCCUGCAACGCCUCUACAUGAACAUCUUCCCGCCAGCCUAUUGGGACAGUAUUGCUGUUCUCGCCUACUCUGCAUUUGGAAAGAACAACGGUUUCUCCUUCUCAGAUGUAACGUCUAUGGCCAUCAGCAAUGUCUGGCGGGGUGUCAGCUCGGAUAUGAUCCCGCCAAAAGCUGAAAUGGACCGUGCGAUUGACAAACAUCACCAGUGGGUAGCAGGCCGCUGGUUCAAGGAGCCCAGAACCGAUACUUCUGCAGUUAAACAAUGGGAAUUCCAAGGCUUCCUUCACAAAGCCGCUGGAACUGGCAUGGAGAAUCUGGGCUGGGGAUGGCGGGGCUGGGUAAGCUGGUUGAAGGACCCCUACAUGUGUUAUCUGAUCAAUCAUGGCGUCGAAACAGCACAUGCGUUCAGGUACUAUGAGACAGGGAAACGGCGGACUUGGGAUGGAGCACGGGACGCUAUCAUUCAUAUCAACAAGAUCGUCAAACAGCUCAAGGCCAGCAGAACGUAA